UCAUUCUGUGCUUCCACUGCUAAGGAAGAAAUGCAUCCCCAAACUGGUUUCCUCUGAAAAGAUGUGGUAACUUCAUUUACCUGCUGCUUCAGGAUUUCACUUCUUUAGUCCAAGCUUUAUGAACUUGAACACAAAGGCACAUCAUCUUACCAGGACAGCAGAAGGUGACACAGAGAAGUAAUGUACAGAGAGAGACCAGUCUUUUUUGUGACUGUAGUCAACCCAUGAAGAGUGAGGGCUCUCAGCCACCUAAAAGUAUUUACUGCAUUUGCUUCAGAAUACUGUGGAGAAAAUGUAUGCUAGUCGAGAGGAUAUUGGAUAUGAUUUUGGAGAUGACUCAAAAGUUGGAAGUAAGCCAAUUAAACCUAACCCAAACAUCGAUGGAGGAUGGGCUUGGAUGAUUGUACUUUCUUCUUUCCUUGUGCACAUACUCAUCAUGGGUUCCCAAAUGGCCCUUGGAAUACUCAACAUGGAAUGGCUUGAAGAGUUUAAUCAGAGUCGUGGCUUAACAGCGUGGGUUAGCUCCCUCAGCAUGGGCAUCACGCUUAUUGUAGGUCCAUUUACUGGUUUAUUCAUCAGCAUGUGUGGGUGCCGCACGACAGCCAUACUUGGAGGGAUACUGAAUGCUCUGGGUUGGAUACUGAGUGCCUAUGCCUCAAAUGUGCAUUACCUCUUCCUCACCUUUGGAGUGACAGCUGGCAUUGGAAGUGGCAUGGUUUAUCUGCCUGCCGUGGUCAUGGUAGGGCAGUAUUUUCAGAAGAGAAGAGCACUUGCACAAGGGCUCAGUACCACGGGAACAGGGUUUGGAGCUUUCCUAAUGACUGCCUUAAUGAAGUACCUCUGCACAGAAUUUGGGUGGAGGAAUGCCAUGUUCAUCCAGGGGGCCAUCUCCCUGAACCUUUGUGUCUGUGGGGCACUUAUGAGACCACUCUCUCCCAAAGACCUCUGUGAAAAAUAUGUGGUGAGAAGUGAUAGUGAAGAAAAUCGGGCAAAAGCUCUGUCCCAUUCUACAGAGACUAUGAAAUCGAAUGGAGUCCUUGGUGAAGAACCAGAGAAUAAAGAAGAGGUAGCAAAUGAAGAAGUGCUUGUCAGUGUGCAGCACAUAGAAAUUGGAGGUAAAUCUGGAAGUGGAAGGAGCAUGUAUGGACUGCGCCUCUUUAAGACAGUGAGCCAGCUGACAGUUACAGUCAGAAAGGGCUUUGCACUCUGGUACUCCAGCUACUUUGGAGCUGCAUCACUGUUUACCAAUAGAGUAUUUGUGGCCUUUAUCAUUUGGGCUUUGUUUGCCUAUAGCAGCUUUGUCAUUCCCUUUAUUCACCUUCCAGAAAUAGUCAAGCAGUACAACUUAUCUAGGCAGGACAAUGUAUUUCCCUUGACAUCCAUUAUAGCCAUUGUUCAUAUUUUUGGUAAAGUGAUCCUUGGAAUCAUCUCUGAUCUCCCAUGCAUCAGCACGUGGAAUGUCUUCCUCAUGGCUAACUUUACCCUGGUUGCCUGCAUUCUUACUUUGCCACUAAUGCAGACAUAUGUUGGCCUGGCUGUGGUUUGUGCUCUAAUAGGAUUUUCUAGUGGCUAUUUUUCUCUAAUGCCUGUUGUGACUGAAGAUUUAGUUGGAACUGAACACCUUGCAAAUGCCUAUGGCAUCAUCAUUUGUGCCAACGGAAUAUCUGCUUUGUUUGGACCACCCUUUGCAGGUUGGAUCUAUGACAUCACACAAAAAUACGAUUUUUCUUUUUACAUAGCUGGAUUGCUAUACAUGGUGGGAAUAAUAUUUUUACUUAUACAACCUUGUAUUCAAAAGAAACAGCCAAGAGAAAAAUCUACAGAAGAAGCACAAGUAUAGAACAAAUUCCAGAAGUUUUUUUUUUUUACAGAACUUUUUUGUUUUCAUGUUUCUCUUCUGUGACAGUAUGAAGAUGUUUUUCUUACAGAACCAACCACAUUUAGCUGCACUUAAAUGGAAAGCAAAUGUGCUCCAUAAUGCUUAUAAAUUAUUGGAAAUAUGCUUUUAAAAUUAGUUAAGAUAUUUUACUUUAGAACUACCAAAUACAGUGAUUAAAGCACACUGCUAGUAUUUUAAUAUUAGAAAAAUGCUAAGAACCCUUACCCUUGCUUCUCUUUUAAUUUUUCACCAUUAAUUGGUGAAAAUCCAUUGACUGCAGUGCAGUUACUCUGAUUUACUAGUCCUGUGAGAGAAUUUGGUCAGGACAUGAAUGAUUUAUGGAAGUCCUUUUUACUAUGUAUUCAAUCUGAUGAAAGAUUAGUUACUGAGUAUAAGAAAAUGAUUGUAUUUCUUGCCUGGCCAGUCAAGUACUGCUGAAAUGCUACUAUAAUAAUUCCAUUAAUUCAGCAUACUAAAAUUACUAUUUCUGUGAUGCAAAUCUGAAGAAAGGUUCUCCUAUAUUUCUGAAGUGAUUCAGUUGGACUCAACAGGUCCCUCCCAACCCAGUAUAUUCUGUGAUUCUACUUCAAUGAUUUUUAGAUUUUUUUAAAAGCAGCAACUGCAGCUAAAGUAGCCAUCCUCAAUACAUAGGCUGCAUUUUAAAUGCUGUGACACUAAAUGCACCUGAGGUAAAAAACCCAUAAAUGCAGAAACAGGAAACAUAUGGAAAAUAUCAUUGUGACUGUGUGUUUCCAGAAAGAGUUUGAGUUCUCUGGUCCUUUUACCUAAUUAGAGUUAUUGUAGAAUUUAAUAAUAUUGCCACUCACUCCUUCCAGGGGAAUGAACUCUACUACAGCACACUGAAUUUUGUUAUAAUUCAAUUUAAUUGUUCACCAACUCUGUCACAUAUGAGCAGUUAUGUUGCUGCUUGUAAUGUACAGCAUGAACUGACAAAGAUUCAUCAUGUUUGAGAAGUUUAUUCACUAGAAAAUUAGAAUACUGCAGAGCAUGGAAUAGCUAACAAACAUUUUAAAUAUUCAAAUUAAUUUUCUUAACAUUAAGGAUCUGGUAACCAACACAGAAUGGUGUAUGGUGGUACGGGGCAUAUUUUUCUCAGCUUUGAGAGGUGAGUCUGAUGUUAAUUUUCCUGUCAAAUAAGAACCAUUGUAAGUUUUCAUCCUCUUAGCUUUAUGAAAGUUCUUUGCAUGACAAAUCAGGUUCUUAGUUUAAUAUUGCUACAUGCUACUGGAAUUCCUUAGAAAGCAAUUGACACUAUUCAAUUAUAUUGAAGAACUAUUGGGAAACAAUUCAGUACACAACAAUAUCAACAGUACACAACAGUAUCAAUAUCCUGGUCUUCUUUAUAGCUGCAAGGUUGGUUAACAAAAAGUUCUGAAUGUGUAUUGUUCUAUAUUGCAAUUCACCAGCUUCUUAGUGUUGCACUUCUACAACUGUUGGCAGGGACAUACUUUUUUUAAAAAAGUAUUUUUUAAAGAUCACUGAAAUGAGCCAAGUUAAAAAAUAAAACCUUAAGGAACCCUGAAUUACUUUAAGAUUUACAUCAGUGGAAUCAUAUAGGGUAGUUAUGUAUGGCCUUUAAAACUCACUUAAGACAACUAAGGUGGCACUGGACUGCAGCACACAGUGUGAACACACAGUCAGUAACUUCUUAAAAUCACCUUCUGUUAUUGGAGAAAAUGUGCACGUAAAUUUUCACAUCAGUUCUUUGUUACAGGUUAAAUGUCUUCUUGGUGGGAAUGCUGCUGAUGGCUCGUUUGAACUGAACUAUUUUUUAUUGGUGAAAUACAUGUUGUAGUGAUCAUUUUCAUCAUUUGCUUUUUUUUUUCUUUGAAAGAUAUGCAUCCUUCAUACAUAGAUCUUCUCUUUCUCUUUUGUCAAAAGCAACCUUAUUUGCAUAUUACAGUAAUAAAAAAUAUUGUUCACUUGUGAUAUCUGCAAUAGAUCUUUCUAUAGAGGUCCUUACAGGGCCAUAUCUUGGGAAUAAACUUACAUUACCCAAAAUAACACUUUCUGUUCAUUUAUUAAGUUAGCAUAGUAUUUUAGACACAUAAUAAAUUUGUAUUUGUCAUUAUCCUAAAAUGAAAUUAUCACAAGAAGAAGAAUAUAUAUGGAAGGGCUUCUUAUUCCUAAAGAUCAACAAUCACUGGAUGUUUCCAGCAUAUUGGUAUAUAGUUGUAGAACAAAACAUCCUUAAUCUAAAUCAGUGAAUAUUUAAGUAUUAAAGUACUGGUUUAUAAAGAAACAGAAUUACACAAGAACCCUGUAUUCAUAGUUUUUAAAUCAAUUUAUAAAAUUCAAGUUUAGUAGUUGGCAUGUUAAAAAAUUGUAAACUCCUUACACUCUUCAAAUAUGAAUCUAUUGUAUCCAAAUACUGAAAUCACUGUUUUUAAUACUUGGAUCAUAAACCUAGUCAAUUGUAAAUGAUUUAUUAAUCAGCCUCUAUAAAUGACAAUGCCACAACAUCUGCUAUAAGCCAUAGAGAAUGUGUAGCAUAGAUACAAAACAGAAAAAUCAGAAUGAAGAAAUACAAAGUAGCCACAACCUGUUCUAUUGCAGUAACUGCUAUGAUGCUGAUUAAAACACAAUUUCAGGAUACCCAACCUAUUUAACAUUGUGAUAUUUACAUGUUGUUCCUGGUAAGACAUAUUUUGUUUUUCCUCUUUCAAUCCUUAGUAAGUAGUAAUCCUUAGUUUUCCCUAGUAAAGAAGAAAAGUCCAUGUGUCUGACCCUAUAAACACCAUGCCUCGUAGCAAUUGAUUCAAUGGAACAUGUACCUUUAUUCAGUUAGUUUUUUGUUCUGAGCAUGUGGCUUCUGCCUCCUUUGGAGCUGUAGCUGAGAUUUGUGUGUGAAGGUUCCCAGCCCACUUCUUGUGGGGGCUCUUUGAUUUCAGGUGUAGCUGUGUCACUCAAGCUCUCCACAAGAGCUUCCCAGAGCAUUACUGCCACACAGCUACUUGUAAGAGAAAGUAGAGGCUUAAAAAUAUCAUUUGGCUUACUCACUACUGAUUAUUCUACUCCACAAAAUGCAUUUAGACAGCACAGAAACCUUGUAUGAAGGUCACUUGCAGUGCCAGCUGCCCACGCAUUUUGAAAGACACAGUGAUAGCUAAAACUCACAGGAGAUCAGCAGAAGUUUUGCUCAGGGUUGCCAGUGCAAGGUAUCACAUGUUCUUCUGUGAAAAAUCUGAGAAGCUAUUUUUGGUAUAAUAUCCAAGGCCUUUCUGCCACUGUAAAAAAAAACCAAACAGCUGUAAUGCCACGUACUUUCCUGGUGUGUAAUUCAUACAGCUGCUCUAAAAACAACAAAACUGUGUAAGCUGAUGCCAAAAAAACUGUCUGGAUGUAGAAAUUGCAUCAGAAAUACAAAUCUGUUUUCAAGGUAAGUAAAAGAGGCCUUGGGGUUUGAAAAGAAAUGCAAUUUUAGAAAACUUUCAGAUAUACUGUAAGGAUUAAGCGUGUUUCUCAGGAGAUGCUUCCCUCUUUCAGAAUGACUCUAUAAACAGAAUCGGGUGGAAAUAAUAUAAGGAAGAAAAAAAAAAAAGAUGUAAUUGGUUAGAUGACAGAACUAUCACAAAAAAAAUUAGGAAGAUACUCUGUGUCAUAUAUUAUCCACUCAUUGUAAAUUGUGUAAGAACACAGGAACAUUGAUUUUUUUUUUCCCCCAAAUGUUCCACUUUUCAACAGGUGCCGUUUCAGGAGCCUAAGUGCAGCUAUACUCAAUGACUCCAAUACAAGUUGUAACAGAAAUAGAAAAGCAAAGAUUGUGGUGUAACUUGUGUUAGACACUGCAGAUGUAGUUGGAUACUCUGAACUGCUUCACUCACUAUCUACAGCAAAGCUGUCUUCAAGUACGUGUGGUCCUGGUCUCAUGCAGGCAUACACAACAUCCUAGCACAUUCCAGCAGAGCAAAAGCAGGGAUUAUUGGGGAAAAAAUGUGUAUAAGUGCUGAAAUGAAAAUGUGUGAACCUUUUAAAAGUUCUUUUUACAUUUCUUACUUUCUGUCUCUCACCAAUCUGCUUUGCCCAUGAAUAAAAUGACACCGUGAAGUUAAAAACAAUAUAGACUGGUUUUUCCUAUUGCAUAUUU